AUGGCCUUUUCUCACCGGUUCCUCACCUCUAUGCUCUUUCUGCUGCCUUCCACAAUACAUGUUUUGGCCCAGCAAGAAGCAUGUUCUGUGGAUAACCAGAAACCAAGCGUCAAUGAAAAUAACCCUCCUGGCUACGUAGUGACCACCAUCACUUUGGAACAAGGCUUCACUGUAAGGAUUGAUCCUUCCUCCCCUGAUGCCAGUUAUUUCACCAUACAGGGGUCCCAGCUGCAGCUGACCAAAAGUGUGGACUUCGAGAAAGAUACCUUGCUGUUAGUCUACCUGCUUUGCUCCGACGCUGCUGGGCAGAGCAAUUCUUUGGAAAUUAUUGUGACCAUCGUCAACAUGAACGAUAACAGCCCAGUUUUCAAGCAAACGAAUCUCACCCAAAUAGUUCCCGAGGACACAAAAGUGAAUACCACAGUUAUACCCCGCGAAGAUCUAAGUGCUACUGAUGCUGACCUGGACACCAUUUAUUAUGAACUUACAACAAGGAUGCCUGACACAGAUGGUUAUUUUGCCAUAAAAGGAGUUAAUAACCCAGAAAUUUAUUUGCGAAAAGCAUUGGACUAUGACAAAAUCAAAUUCACAACUCUGCUCUUGUAUGCAAGGGACAGGCCAGUGAACAGCACCAAUACCACCCACACUGCUACUGCAACAAUAAGCAUAUUUAUUGAACAAGCUGACACCAAACCACCUUGGUUCCUACCCUGUACCUUCACCAACAUGGACAAUAACGUUUGCAUCAGCAGCCCCUACACUGGCAGGGUUAACAUCUCUGAGAAGUCGACUGCACCACUCACCCUGGCGCCUGGGCCCAUCUAUGCUAUCGAUCCUGACUACACUUUAAAUGAAAAAAUAGUGUACAGCAUUGUUGGUGGGGAUACGGAUAAAGUGUUCUCAGUGGAUGCAGAUACAGGGAAUCUAACUAUGAACAAAGCAGUAACUUCCCCAGAUCCAUUCCUAUUGCAAGUCAUGGCCUCCCAAGUCAACAACGUACAGAAAUACUCCGUAGUUAGUGUAGAGAUUAAGGUCAUCAAUAAAAGUGACUCUGCACCAUACUUCAAGAACAAGAUCUACAAAGGGACAGUAUCCGUUGGUCUUGCCCCAGGAAGCUUUGUCCUAGAGGCUGACGUUCCUUCCAAACCCCUGAUGAUAACAGCAGCUGAUGAUGAUUUCACUGAUAAAGUCAACCCAAACAUUGAAUAUCACAUAAGAAACAGCACUGAUUUCAUCGCAACCAAAGAUGGACUCAUCCUGACAAACGUGAUGCUAGAGUCACCAGGGACUGUAACCAUGGAGGCUCUUGGAAAAGAUACGGUGAGCCUGCAGGAGGUGAGCACUGUGAUUGAGGUGGAGGUCGUCCCUGCCACAGCUGAAUCCUCCUCUGAUAAGAGAUACACUGCACAGGAUAUGGGUGUCUUAGGUGGUACUUUAGCAGCACCACUAUUAAUUGCUUUAAUCUUCCUUGGACUGAUGAUAUACAAACAGUGUGGAAAACCAGUCAAGUAUCUGGCAAGAAAAAAGUUCUCCAAAAACCUCCCUAGAGAUUACCAGAACCAAGCUUACAAGGAAGAUGAAUACCCAGAUGUGAGUGCCAAACAGCAUGAGACAGCAGAAAAUGGCAGUGUUCGGUCAAUGACAUCUGAGCUAGAGCAGCCAUCACUUCCCUCACCUUCUUCCAAGGCAAGAGAAGCUGAUGGCCUCCCAACGGCUUCCACAGCUUCCACCAUCACCUUUGACCCAGAGGACAAGGAGGAGGAAGUGGAAGAAGAGAAUGACCAUGAGAAAGAGGUGAAGUCUAUCCUAAAGACAGACAGGAACCUGGAAGACAAUGGCUACAAAGCUGUGUGGUUUAAGAGUGAUGUGGAACCAGAUGCUGGAGAUGGGGUUGAAGUGAUUGAGGACAAUGCAGCAGCAGAUGAUGAUGAAGACAGUGACCAAGACCUGGAGGAAAAUGAGGAAGAGAAAGGAGAUUAUAAUGAGGACAGUCACCAUGGAGGGCCUGGGUUGUCCUUUGCCCUGGAGAGCCAACCCCUCCCAGGUGUGGAAGUGAAAGUCAACAUGUCUGGCAAGGGCACAGCAGCAGAAGACGACAGUGAAUUUUUAUAA